GUCACAUGACAUACAGGACGAUGUUUCUGAGGGUCGUGCAGCGGGCAUGUGCGGGUGGUGUGUACCGGCUGGGCGCCCGGGGGGCGGCAUAUCAGGCUGCCGACAGGGGGGUCCCUGCUCGUGGAAGGCUGGGCCCCCCUGGUAGGUCACAUGUAUGUGUGCUGACCUCAGGGUGGCAGGAUGGGUCCUAUAAGAGCAGCACACGUCCUCCCUUCCUGGUCCUGAGCGCAGCAGCAUUUUCUCUCUUCUCUAAACUCGUGGAGGACAAGGAUGAAGGACUGACACCAGCAGAGGAAAAUAUCAUUUAUCAUUUGAAGAAAGCCAAGCUUAAUAUUAUGAAAGGUGAAAUGGAAGAAGCAGAGGAGAUUUUACACAAGACUCUUCGUCUGGCACAUGAAUGUAAAAGCAAACGGGCCAUCAUUUACACUUAUGAUCUGAUGGCAAACCUGGCGUUCCUGAGAGGACAGUAUGACAAUGCAGAAAAGUUAUUUAAGACCACCUUGGUUUACAUGAUGGAUGGAGGAGCGAAACAGGAUGACAAUUCAUUUAUAGAGAUUUCACUAAAACUGGCCAGUAUCUACGCUGCCCUUAACCAGAAAGAUUUGGCGCUAGAAGGAUUCCAGUUCUGCAUCAUAAACCUGAAUGAAAAGAUUGAGAGGGAAAAAGAUUUGCCUGAGGAGAUCCUGACAGCAGAAGAAAAGACAAACACGCGGCUUCUUCUGGGCUUGAGUCUGGAUUCUUAUGCACGUUACCUAGUAGCCAACUCACAGAUCUUGCAUGCCCAAACCAUGUAUGAGAGAGCUCUACAGAUCUGCAAAGAGGAACAAGGAGAGCUGCACCCACAGACUGUGAACUUACUCAGUGACCUGGCUACAGUGCUGGAAGCUCAGGGCCGCUUUGAUGAAGCUUAUACGUAUAUAAAGCAAGCGCAUGAAAUAGCAGAAAAGACUGAGCACCCAAAUCAGCAUGUGAUACUUGGUAAUAUGGCAAUGAUCCUGUUACAUCAAGAGAACUUGGUGGAUGCAGAGAAGCUCUUUAACGAGGCAUUAGCGAAAGCAGAAGAAAAGAAGGAUCUGGCGUCCAUUUACUACAUCCGGGAAGGGCUCUCAGAACUAACUAGGAGGAAGAAGAAUCAGGAACAGAACCUGUGACUUGGACACAGUUAUAAAUUAUUCUUCCAUUAUUUUACCUGUUCACAAUGUUUGGAAAUAUGAGAUUUAUGUUAAUAAAUAUAUUUACCGUAUUUUUCGCUUUAUAAGAAUAUAAAUAUAUAUUUUUCCUCAGAUCAGACCCCCAUAAAUAUCAGGACAUCACAUCAGCCCUUCAUGUCAGAACCCCAUCAGACCUCCGAUCAGCCCACAAUGUCAGACCACAUAGUGAGACCCCCAUCAGACCUCAGAUCAGAUUAAAAUAAAAAACAUCUCUUACCUGUCCUGCGCCGCAGCUCCUCUCCACCUCAGGCAGAAUUCACGCUCCCCUGUCUUCCCGGCCUGCACUGCUCUGUCACCUGACUGCGUGCAGCGUCAGGUCAUAGUGCGUGCACUAGGUCCUGACGCUGUACGCGGUCAGGACAGUGCAGCACCGGCCCCAGCAAGAAAGACUAGGGAGUACUACAAACGCUUGCGGUGCUUCGCUCCCAACUCCCGGCACCUAAUGCAUACUAGUGAGCGCUUCCAUAAUGGAAGAGCUCACUAGUAUUCACUUUAUAAGACGCACGGCCAUUUCCCUCCCACUUUUGGGAGAAAAUAAUGCGUCUUGUAAAGCGAAAAAUACGGUAUUUAUUAAUUUAUUUUUUUGAUAUAUAUUGUGUGAUAAAAAUAAUUUUGAUAUAUAUUGUGUGAUAAAAAUAAUUCACAACAAUAAAUUUUACUUCUGUGUAUACAA